AUGGCUGUGAGCCUGGUGGAGACGGAUUGUGGCUUGGCCCUUUUGCGCCUGCUCAGCCGUGGGCAUGCGGUUGUCGCGGAGCUCCAGCGAUGCUCCGAAACCUUGCCUGCCGCCAUCAGGGGCGAGGGCGAAGUUGCAAAACGUCUCUCGCCGGUGCUGCCGGACUUUGCAGUUUUCCGUCGCGAGGGCGCAGUUGAGAAGGUGGCUGGCACACCAGAGCUGAUUGAACUUGAUGAGGAAAGUCGUGAAAUCAAUGCAGAUCCGGCAGAGCGCUUGUUCCGAGUCCUGUCUGCCAUACGAAAGUACUUUGCUGACCUCGCCAAGUUGCUCGAGGAUAUUGAUGUCGGCGUCUUUGUAGGGCAGAGUCAUGAGAGCAUUCUUCGAGACUCAGCGGGUGCGGUCUUGCUCCCAGAGGCCAUUGCUUUGCUUGGAACAAUGAUCCUCAUCGUAGACGAACGCAUUUCAGGGCCCUGCCGCGAGCGCGCCCUCGUUCUCUUCUAUCGAUGCACAGCGGGCACAAGCCGGGAGUCAGAUGACUUUGCAGAUGUCUGCAGGCUUUUUAAGUCAACUGCACGGCCAGAAAGGGACAUUGAGCUGGCGGGCAGAAGGCCCGGAUACCCCGAGAGUUACUUCGCGCGAUUCCCGCUUCAUGAGGAUGCGGUCCGUCUCGUGCUCGGUAAGCUGCAAACCGGGGAUAUCUACGAGGCUUCAAGGCACUAUCCCUUACCUGAGCACCGGUCGCACGGCCUGUCUGCUCAAGCAGGGAUGCUCUACGUGCUCCUAUUCUUCCAAGCGAAGACGCUUGAAUCUGAUGCGAUUGCCAUGCGGGAGAUCGUAGACCGGCACUUCGGUGACGUUUGGGUCGUGGCGUACGCGCUUGGAUACACAGCCGACCUGCUUCUGAUGUGGGCGCCCUAUCCGGCCGCACGCCAAGCGCUGAGCAAUGCCAUCACGGCAGGUACCGUGCGUCAACUCCAAGACCAGCACCUGGAUCGACUGUCCAAGACACGGUCCAAGCUUGAGGAGUACUUGGUAGAGGGUGUGUUGACAGAAGACUACGUCUCGAGCAAAGUCUCCCAGUUGGUUUCUGUGCUGCGGGAGGCCAACACCAGCAUCCGCUGGCUGCUGCUUCAACCAACCACCUUAGACUCGAAAAUCCAGGUGGUUUGCAAUAGCUCCGCGAAGAUGAAGGAGCAGCUGCUCGGCACCUUGGUCGACACAGCGCUGCUGGAGGACAAGAUCAAAGCCAUCUUGGUCCCCCUGGUAGCUCGUCGGGAUGCAGACUGGGCCCGUCAAAAGGAGGAGGCUGCCCAAGCCAUGGAUGAUCUGGCUGUUUUCUUCUCAGGGCAGCAUGCACUGCGUCGGAACGUUCGCAACAGUGAGCUGGAGGAGUUUUUCCGAAACUUGCAGCAGAGGAUCGAGGAGCUUAGCUUCCAGACCCAGGAGGACCUUUUGGCGCUGGGAAGGAAGGUGGGCCAGAUCAACAAGGCCCUGGAAGAAGUGGCGCUCUUCCAUGAAGUUAGCCAACAGCCUCAGAUCUUGCACUUUCUUAGCGACGCAAGGCAGCUGCUGCAAAGGAUGCUUCGGACGGCCAGCCUCAGCUCAGAUGUCCUCGAAACGAUUGAGACUGUCGCAGACCUUUCCUAUGCGUGGCGGGCCUUAAGCACGUACAAGGAGGCCAUGGGCAACCUGCUUUCAGCAUCGCCCGACAGUGUGAAGGGGCUGAGAGCUCUCUUUCUCAAGCUUGCUUCUAUACUGGAAGCACCACUUCGGCGUAUCAGGCAGGCCGGCAACUCCUCGCACGCAUCCCUCGUUUCGGGAUACUACUCCAACAGGCUAGUGGAAUUCAUGCGGUCUGUCUUGCAGGAGAUUCCGUGCCUGAUCUUUCGCCUGCUUGGCCAACUUUCAACGCUCGAGUCGGCACAAUUACCAAAGAGCUUGCCUUCCAGGAUAAGCUUGGUGGAGCUUCAAAGCUACGCGGAGAAGUGUGAAAAGGCAAGCAGUGAGGUCGGCAUCCUGACACAGCGUAUCGCUCUGCUCAUGCGUGGCAUCCGUGAGACGGAUGUGGCACUUCUCGGCGCAGUGCUGGUGGAUCCUCGGGCAGUCUUGCUGGAUGGCCUGCGGAGAGAGGCGGCUCGUCGUAUCGAGUCCUUGCUGGCAAGCUUAUCUUGGCCCUCUGCAAGCAGCCGCCAGGAUGCCGAGGCCCCACUGCAGCAGAUGGCUGCGCAGGCCUUCAAGCUCCGUCGGUCCUUUGAGCACGUGCAGGACUACUUGGGCGUCAGUGCGCAGCAGCUCUGGCGACAGGAAUUCGGUCGUGUGGUUCGCUACCUCCUCCAUAUGGAGGAGCACCUCUUGCUGAGGCGUCGGCCGGCACCCCCCGAGUCAUCGCCUCAUCACGACGCGAGUGUUCCGAUCAAGUUUCCGGACAUUUCCAAUGGGCCGUUGGGUUGCUCCUUUAUUAGCCGCACUCUGUCCAUGCUGUCCGAGCUGACGGACCCCAAGUCCACCUCGGGCGGUUUCCACCACGAUUGGCGCAAGUGCGAUUCAAGCGGUGUGGGGACUUUGGACAGCUUGCUCCUUGAGCUGCUUAUGGAAGCCAUGGGGCCGCCGGGCAUUGCGGCCAUCUCCCGUAUGUUGGCUUUGCGAGCGGCUGGGCGGGUGCGCAAGGCUGUUUCGGGCUGCGCCGUGCUGCUGGCAAACGCGGAAGUUCAGCAGCUGGCUGCCAAGGCAAAGUCGAGCCUCCAAACGACGAGAUCUGCCGCCGAGGUUCUGCGGACAUCUGCCAGCCUUCUUUCAACCCAGGUCGGUCCGCUGGGGGCGGCCUUGGCAAGCGUCGGCCAAGCGCUGCUCGUUCGCCGGCGCCUAGCUGCGCAGCUCAGGCUUCACAGCAGCUUGGAUGCUUCGCUGGUCAGCGAGUCUGUGGCCGUGCUGGACGGAAAUGUGCUUUUCGAGGUUUUGGACGACACAGACGAGACCGAGGCGCAGGAUGGUGAGCUGCCGAGUCUCUGGGACUUCGUUGGAGAUGGCAAGGCAGCUUCGCCAGAGGAGACGCAGCUCCGCUUCCGAAGGAAGUUGGCGCGCAUGGGGGAGUUGCCGGGCUUUGCUGAUCCUCUACGUCAGCUCAUGCAAGUGGUGCCGGAAGGCUCCGCUCCGUCUGACAUGGACAUGUUGAUAGCCCUGGCUCUGGUACAAUAUGCCACCUCUGUAUCUCCGGCGGCAGCGAGCCGCAAGUCUCAAAAACGGCCCACGGCAUGGAGUGGCAAGCCGGUCCCGUCGGCCUCACCGGGCGGCUUCCGCCAAGAGGCCCAUGUCAGCUUGGGCGCGGGCCUGGCUGCACUGCUCCAGCAGCUUCCAAGGAGGAUUCUGCAAGGCACGUUCCAGAUUUGCGGGCUGUACCUGCAGAGCAUCUGCUGGGACGACAACAGCCAG